UCCCCGACACAUCUGUCCGCUUUCAUCAAAGCCACCGAACUGCUGGAAACUCUCUGCGUCAGUCUAUUUCUUCAACCCUGGAAGAAGGAAAUUAAGACGCUUAAGUGAAUACCGACUGAGUGAGGAUGCUAACCCAGAGAGAGCCAUGCUGCUAGGCUUUGAGCUGCUGCUGGCCCGGGUGGAGUGUUACCACCUCCUUCAGCUCCUGGAGAAGGAUCAGUUGGGACCACAGGAGUGGCUGGAUGUGCUCCAGAGGAAAGUGGGGCCUACAAAGAUGGACGAAGCCACAGAAAAGAAGACAACAGUAGUGCAAAUGGAAGAGGAAGAGAAGAAGAAGGAAGAGGCAGAUGUAAAAGACGUACCUCUGUAUCUAGACAACAGGCUUGAAGUAAAGCCCCAGCCCAAGCCUGGACGCUGCCAUCUCAACAGCGUGGACCAGUCCAUUAUAGAGAUGGAGAAGUCCUACCCGGACCUGGCCUUCAGGGGCCGCCUCCUGCUCCCGCACAAACCUCAGCGAGCAAACAGCAGCAAGAGCAGCAGUAAAGAUGUUCAUCUUCCCAGCAUUAAUGAUUACAGUGAUGUCAGUAAAGCUGCUGAGCUCCCCAAAAAAGAUUGUAUUAAAGGCACCAGAGUUAAUGCUACAACUGUCCACAGUAAAGAUGAUGGCAUCAAAGCUGAUGAAGUGUUGGGUGACGAUGGCAGAGGCAUUGGCUGUAAUGACAGGAACAGUGGUGGGACCACCGCCCCAGGAGACACUAUGAGCAGCAGCAGCAGUACCAGUACCAAUACCAGUACCACUGAUGGAAGCAGAGUCCAUGAUGAGCUCAGUGAGCCUCAGGCUGUUUCCCUACACAUCAUCCUGAGAGCUGGAUCCAAAGCAGAGCAGAGCCUGAAGCCUGGAGAACCUCAUCCGACAGCAGAGCCUCCUGCCAGGACACAGCAGACUGUAGCCGACCUACAAAAUAAGAGAGCGGCAAACCCAAAGACUCCCUCUCUGUGCUCCAUGGACGAGGAGCAGGAACUGAUAGAGCUGGCAGAGAGGAUGGACCAGCUCCAUGUGCAGGGGGAGGAAGUGAAGAGAAAAAAAAAACACAAGAUAGAAGAGGAAAACACAAAUAAAGAGAGGAGGAAGAAAGGGAGAAAGGCAAGCACAGAGAGAGAGUCAGAGGAGCAGAACAUCAGGAUGGAGGCAGGUCCAGCAUUAAGCCAUGCUGCCAGUAGAUGCACCAGAUCCUCUCAGUCUGAUCCCGUGCUGAUGAAGGAGCAGCCCGAUGUGUGUCAUCAUUCACCGCUGAGCAUCAGUGCAGCAGAGCACCAGAGCUGUGAAGGAGGCAGCACAGGCCAGCAGCAAGGAGAAGAUACUGUGAGAGGAGAGGAGGAGCAGCUGGCACAGAGCUUCGUUAUAGUCGAGCAUCACAAGAAAUAACAUGCUCCCAAGUUUCAUCUACAUGUAUGGAAAUUAUUAAUGACAAAACUACUGAGCAAGCCCAUAACUAACACAAGCUGGAAUCAGUCUAUAAGCCAAGAUUUAACAGUAUAUAAUUCAAAGGGCAACUUUCCCCCUCACACGUUUCCAAGUGGUAUUAUUGUUGGUGCCAAAGACUACACCGUCCACACUGCAUUUGUUUCCAAAGAAACUGCGCAAAGGAGACGGUGAUAAAAUAGAUGUUUUUUUAUGAACAAGAUGAUCAAUCUAUUUGUUCAUAUAUCGUUAGCAACAUGGCUAACAUUACUGUCCAAAGCAAGAAACAACCUUAAGAAUCACAAUUUGAAUUAUAAACCCUGAUCUCCGUACGAGGCAGAGUAAAACCCCCAACAGUAAUAAUAAUCAUGCAGGUUUUGUUAUUGACGGAUCUAUUUUAGUAUAAUUAUUUCUCACUCUCCCUUUUCCCCUUCUUUGCCUUACUGUAGCUGUUCUGUUGCGUUGUAAGCUUCUUCUGUUGAGUUGCCUCUCCUACAGCUAAUUGCUCUCUGGUAAGCAGUGAUGCAGUGUGAAUGUUCAAGGCUUGUAUUGGUAAAGGUGAGAAUGGAAUGCAUGCAGCUGUAAUGUGUUAUUAUUUGAUAACCUUCAUAAUUAUAGACACAACUCAAGCACUAACCUCGUCCUUUGUAUGCCAUAAAUGGAGCCUUCAUUUUCCCGGGAGAUUGCGACCCGGUGGCAGAGAGAACUGCAUGGUGAAAGUGAGGCUCAUAGGGAACCAAUCUAAACACAGAUGGUGUCAAUAUUCUACAGCCAUUACAUUGUGUAAUCAAAAUGUACUUCAUAAUGAUAAGUUAAAGCAGAAAUCUUGUCUAUUGCCACUUUAAAAGGCCAGAAUAUAUAAUAUAUAUAUAUACAUAUAUAUUUUUUUAUUUUAUUUUAUGAAUUGCAUGUAUUUUUAUAUGCAGUAUGUCACUGGAGAGUUGCAGUUGUAGAUGAAAAAACAGCAUUUUAUGCGUUUCUCAACCGACCACAAUUGAAAAUGUUGGCCUGUUUACUCCAGUACACAUUGUAGUGUUGUUCUGUGUAUUAAAACAUCUGUCAGUAAUAGCAGGUUCCAGCUUCACCUUUACAUUCUUAAAGAAAUUCACAAAGCGAAUGGAGCAGAUCAGAAGCCGUGUGUUACCUGCACAGGAUAACUAACACUUCACAUCCAGGUUCUAUCUGCCCUGUUUGAACUUUCAAAGAAGUGAUCAGCAUCCUGCUAUAACUGAGAGCUCUGAAAGAGCAAAGCUCCCCAGCACUCUGAACUUUAUGUCCUCACAUGUGUUGUGGCCUUAUUGCAGAUGAAUGUACAGCUCAGGUGUGUGCCCGAUCUGUUUUGUUGUUAAUCAACUUCAUGAACCUUAUGCUAUCAAUCAAAGGUGGAAAGGUGAACUUUGAGUGUGACAUUUACACCAAUGUCAUCAUUUGUAACCUCCUCAUGGUCAGGAAGAGUUGGGUGAUACUUGUAAAGACAGAAUAUUACACAUUGAGCCUGGAUACUGUCUCCGGGUUGUCACAGCCUCAUGUUCACUCAGAUGUUUGGAACUCAGAUGCUGUUCUUCUUGAAGGACAAAACAAACCUUUUUGGAAUGGAGUUCUAAACACAACAUACUCUUACUGGCACAUUCUCUGAAAACUUUAUAAAUGUGUUUAAAUUAAAUCCAAUGUGAACUAACCUCUUCACUGGUACUUAUACUUGUCUUACUUGUAGAAAUAAUUGAAAGGAACAAUGUUUAGAAUACUAGUGUUGGGGAGUAGUGAACUAGCAGUGAAAUUAAAGCAAUAAUAUUUUUUCACCAUUGUUUCUAUACUGUAAUUUAACCCUUUUUCUUUAAAUAUAAGUUGAAUAUUUUUUAGUGGGUGGUAUUUUUUUGUUUUGUAUGACCUGUGAACAAGUGGGCACUUUUCCAUUGAGUGGCACAUUAUGCUGGUUUGUGACUUUUUUGUAUAUUUUCAUAUUAAAUGUACAUUGUCAACAA